UCACUGCUCUCUAAGCUAGUAGUAGAUCAGCCACAUUAGGUGUAUACGAACUUUGUUUCAAUGGAGACCGGACGAAAGAGACGGAACCUGGACGUUCUCAAUGGCGGAUUUAAGAAAUCUAAGUCAGAAAUGGAGUACUAUGGAACUGGUAUAGGAUGCAAAUCAAAGCCUUGUAUGAAGUUUUUCAGCACAUCAGGCUGCCAAUUUGGAGAAUCAUGUCAUUUUCUCCAUUAUGUCCCUGGUGGCUAUAAUGCAGUCACCACCCAGAUGAGCCGAGAUCCUUAUCUCCCUGCCAUUUCUGCUACACCCGACAUUCCAACCGCCACUGUCAAAACAAAGCUCUGCAAAAAAUUCAACACAGCCGAGGGAUGCAAAUUCGGGUAUAAAUGUCAUUUUGCCCAUGGUGAACUAGAACUGGGUAAGGGAUCAAUUUCAAGCAACCGAUCCACACGAGCCGAACCAGUGUCUAACUUUGGAGCAUCGGCUACAGCUAAGAUCAGUGUAGAUGCAUCGCUUGCAGGAGCUGUAAUUGGAAAAGGUGGUGUGAUUUCGAAAGAGAUCUGCAAAUUGACUGGCGUCAGGCUUGCUAUAAGGGAUCAUGAAUCUGAUCCUAAUAAAAAGAAUAUUGAACUCGAGGGUAGUUUUGAUCGGAUUAAACAUGCUAGCGCAAUGGUGGAGGAACUCGUUUUGAAAGCUGGUCAGGGUAAUAGUAAUAGUAUUAGUAAUAAUAGUACUAACAACCGCAACAAUGUUGGGAAGUGGAAGACCGAAAACCUUAAGACGAAGCUGUGUGAGAAGUUUGCGAGAGGGUUAUGCACUUACGGAGAAAGAUGUCAAUUUGCUCAUGGAGAGAAUGAACUUCGCCAACCUACAGGGUAAGCUUUUGAAGUUUUUUUAUGUUGUUGGGGGUAAUAUACAAUUCAAUGAAUUCAUCUAGGAGGAUUUGAUUUCUCCUUUUCAUAUUACUUAGAAGAGUCUUUAAGCUUGCUUAAUAUAUUUAGAUUGUGAUUAA